CCGCAUACCGCGGCGCCGGGUGGGCCCAUCCGUCUAAAAAACCAGCCGCGGCGAAACCCUAGCUCCCGUUAUAUACGCCCCUCCUUCCGAUCCACUUGCCGAGCACAGCCCUCGAUCCCUUUGACAUCCCUUUGACAGCAAUCCAUCCGUCCUCGUUUCCUCCGUCGCAUCUCCAUGGCGAAGAUCAAGAUCGGGAUCAAUGGGUUCGGCAGGAUCGGCAGGCUGGUGGCCAGGGUGGCUCUGCAGAGCGACGAUGUCGAGCUCGUCGCCGUCAACGACCCCUUCAUCACGACCGACUACAUGACAUACAUGUUCAAGUAUGACACUGUCCACGGACAGUGGAAGCACCAUGAUGUCAAGGUCAAGGAUUCCAAGACCCUUUUGUUUGGUGAGAAGGAGGUUACCGUUUUUGGCAGCAGGAACCCUGAGGAGAUCCCGUGGGGUGAGGCUGGUGCUGAGUACGUUGUUGAGUCUACAGGUGUUUUCACUGACAAGGACAAGGCUGCAGCUCACUUGAAGGGUGGUGCUAAGAAGGUUGUCAUUUCUGCUCCCAGCAAGGACGCUCCCAUGUUCGUUGUUGGUGUCAACGAGAAGCAAUACAAGUCUGACAUUAACAUUGUCUCUAAUGCUAGCUGCACCACGAACUGCCUUGCUCCUCUUGCUAAGGUCAUCAAUGACAAGUUUGGCAUUGUUGAGGGUCUGAUGACCACCGUCCAUGCCAUCACUGCUACCCAAAAGACUGUUGAUGGGCCCUCAUCCAAGGACUGGAGGGGUGGAAGGGCUGCUAGCUUCAACAUCAUUCCUAGCAGCACCGGAGCUGCUAAGGCUGUUGGCAAAGUGCUUCCCGCCCUUAAUGGGAAGUUGACUGGGAUGGCCUUCCGUGUUCCCACUGUUGAUGUUUCUGUUGUUGAUCUGACUGUCAGGCUUGAGAAGUCAGCUACCUAUGAUGAGAUCAAGGCGGCAAUCAAGGCCGAGUCUGAGGGAAACCUCAAGGGCAUUUUGGGUUAUGUUGAAGAGGACCUUGUUUCCACUGACUUCCAGGGUGACAGCAGGUCCAGCAUCUUCGAUGCAAAGGCUGGAAUUGCUUUGAACGACAAGUUCGUGAAGCUUGUAUCCUGGUAUGACAACGAGUGGGGAUACAGCUCCCGCGUGAUCGACCUUAUCCGCCACAUGCACAGCACCAACUAGACGAGCUAAGGACUGAUGAUACAAGGGGAGAUGUUUUGCCCCAUAGAAGAGUGUAGAGGACCUCUUCUGAGAAUAAAACUUUUGUAUCGAUUUACGUCAGUUGAAACUAUAUUGGUUGUAUCCUGGUGGUUCGUUGAGCAUGUUAUGGCUCAUAUUUUGUGUCGUGUCAGGUCUAUGUAUUUGAUUAAACUUUAAAUCAACUUUGUUUCACACCUUA